AUGUCGACCGAGAAGCCAUUGCCGUUCGUAUACCAGUUCGCGGCGGGAGCCGUGGCUGGUGUGAGUGAGAUCUUGGUCAUGUACCCGCUGGACGUGGUGAAGACGCGAGUACAAAUCCAGUCCAAUGUCCCAGUGCCGGGCGUGGAUCGCUACGACGGCAUGUUGGACUGCUUCAGGAAGAUCAUCAAGAACGAAGGCUUCUCCCGUCUAUACCGUGGCAUCACUGCGCCUAUCCUCAUGGAAGCGCCCAAGCGUGCGACAAAGUUCGCUGCCAACGACGAGUGGGGCAAGGUAUACCGCAACCUCUUCGGAGUCGCACAGAUGAACCAGAGCUUGUCCAUCCUUACUGGGGCUUCGGCUGGCGCGACAGAGGCGUUCGUGGUGGUGCCGUUCGAGCUGGUCAAGAUUCGGUUACAAGACCGCGCGCAAGCAGCCAAGUACAACGGCAUGCUCGACGCCGUGCAGAAGAUCGUUCGACAAGAAGGUCUCCUCACCCUCUACCAAGGUCUCGAAUCCACUAUCUGGCGUCACGUUCUCUGGAACUCGGGCUACUUCGGCUGCAUCUUCCAGGUCCGCGCCAUGCUCCCCGCCAACCCGACCAAAGACAAGAGCAUCCAAAUCCGCAAUGACCUGAUUUCGGGAUCUAUUGGAGGCACGGUAGGCACCAUUCUCAACACACCCAUGGACGUCGUCAAGAGCCGAAUCCAAAACUCGCCCAAGGUGCCUGGAGGAGUACCAAAGUACAACUGGGCGUGGCCAGCGCUGGGCACGGUCAUGAAGGAGGAAGGCUUCGGAGCGCUGUACAAGGGUUUCGUGCCCAAGGUGCUGAGACUGGGACCUGGCGGUGGUAUCCUUCUUGUCGUGUUCACCGGCGUCAUGGACUUCUUCCGUAAGAUGAGGGGGGAUGCUUAG